GGCUUUUGGAUCCGAAACCGCAAAACCCAUUCCGUUGUCUAUUCCUAGUUGACCCUAUUGGUUGAACUCCCGAUGUACGCUAAUGGUUUGAUAAGUUUACUUGUGUCUGAGAUUUACUCUAACUUUUACAGGCUUAAGCUUAUCCAAAUAGUUGCAGCAAUCAACGUCCAUUACUUCACCGAUCUUUAUCCUCGUUUGAGGGGUAGCCCCAAUAGCCCCAACCUUUUGAUGAACUAAAUAGUUUCAAUUUUCAUUCCUUCGAUCAUCAUGUUGAAGUUCAAUAUAUUUCCCAUCAAAACCCUAACCCAUCUCAACUGCUUACCUUCCCCACAACCAUCACCAUCCUCUGUACAUUUCGAUUCAACCUCAUUCGAAGCCUCCUACCUCAUCAACAAUUUCGAUUUCUCCCCACAACGCGCUUCCAAACUUUGCUCCACCUACCGUCUUGCUUUCAAAACCGCCCAAAAUCCUGACUCUGUUAUCAACUUCUUCACAGACUACGGUUUCUCUAAUUCCCAGUUACGCCACAUCGUUGCCAAGGAACCAUGGCUGCUUUCAUGCGACUUCUCCAAAAGGGUUUUGCCAAAGUUUCUAUUUUUUCUCUCCAAAGGUGCUUCUAUCGCUGACGUUGUUAACAUUGUCAGCAGGAACCCUAGAGUUUUGCGUCCAAGCUUGGAGAAUCAUAUAGCCCCAACCUAUGAAUUGCUUUAUAGAUACGCGCAAUCAGACAGGGCCGUUAUUGCUUCUGCAAUUCAGAAUCCAGAUUUACUCUAUCACCCUCUUGUGCCGCGUAAUAUUACAACGCUCAUUGAGAAUGGAGUAGCCCACACAAUCAUUACCAGAAUUCUUCGACAAAGGAACCGGACAUUUCAGGUGCGUGACAUGGUGAGUUUAGUGGAGGAAUUAAAAGAUUUGGGGUUUAAUCCUUCAAAUUAUACUUUUGGUGCAGCAUUGAUUGCCAAAGCAUCACUACCCAAAACCAGGUGGAGCCAGAAAGUUGAUACCUAUAAGAAAUGGGGUUGGUCUGAUCAAGAUGUCAUUGAAGCAUUUAAGAAGCAACCUAAUUGUAUGUUAACAUCCAUUGACAAGAUUAAUUUAGUGAUGAAUUUCUGGGUAAAUCAAUUGAGCUGGGAUGCUCUGGCCCUUGCCAAGCAUCCGACGCUUUUUUGCUUAAGUUUGGAAAAAAGGAUCAUUCCAAGGGCCUCGGUUGUGCAAUUUCUUUUGAUGAAUGGUUUGAGAAAUAAGUACGCAAGCUUAACUUCUCCAUUUUUUGUGACUGAGAAGGUAUUUCUUGAUAGGUUUAUAAAACGUUUUGAGAAGGAGUCGUCUUAUCUAUUAAACUUGUACGAGGAGAAACUCAAGCUUGCAGGGACAAAAAAUGCAUCUCAUGAUUAGAUUUUCAGGUAAUUGAAAAUUGAGGCAAAUGGGAAGUGAAUACAUGCAGCACAACAAAAGCUAAUUCUUCUUCAAUAAGUGGAUCGAUAAAAUCACCUCAAGCUCAAACACCAAUACUACUAGGAAUAAGUGAAGGUGCCAUUCCAGAAGGUACAUAUGUAUUGAAAAAAAACCUAGUAUACAAUCUUCUAAUGCUUUGUUGUACUUCAUAAAGGGACAAUGGCAAGGCUACAUGUAUCUUUUGUACUAAAAUUUAUGCAUGCAAUAGUUCUAGGAA